AUGGCGAUUAUUGCUCCGAUAACAGGCACAUUAAAGAAGAGAAUUAUUACAGAUAUCGUAAUUGGUUUCAGUCUGGGAGGGGCUCUUGCAUCAUACUGGUGGUGGGGGUUCCACAAAAGGAUAAUAAACAAACGUGAAGACUAUUACUCUCAACUAGCUACCUUGAAGGAACAGCAAGAACAAGAAUAG